AGUCCUUGGGGAUGCAGAGAUGAUGAUAACAAUGUCCUGGCUUCCUGAGGUUCACACCUGGUAGGGGGAGAAGCACUCGUAAUCAGGAUAAGUUCAUGAUGGUGUUGGAAAAGAGCAGUGAGGGCAGACAGGAGGAGGAAAUUGAUAGUGGCAGUGAUUAGUAUAAAAAUGAAGCCCUCAUGGAUUAGGCAUGGCAUGGAUUUCAGCAGGGACUGGGUCGCUCUCUUGGUUCUUCGGUCUGGGAGUGACCCACAUGACUCUCCCACACCGUUGCCAUCACUGCCACUGGGUAGGCAGAGCUUUACAAGUCUCGGCUGGGCUGGUAUUUGCAGUACGUGACUAGACCCCUGUAGACACAGGCUGACACCCAGAGAGGAGCACACGCAAUACAAGUCAGACUUUUAAUUUUUUCCUUUUUUAAUGAAUGGUUUUCCUGAAUUCCAGGACUAUGAAGGUUUUGAAGCAGCACUUCACAAAGGCAGGGACUCUGGAAAAUUCUGAGGGAGUUUCAGAGCAGAUGAACUUCUGUCUGCUUCUCCCUAGGUCCCCGACCUAUCUGUUCUUGUCCCAGCCUAGUUAGAAAGGAAAACUCUCCCUUGAUUUUCCCUAAACGGGUGGAAUAAAGGAAAACUAAAGCUGUUACUACCAGUCUUUUCUGGGAGAUGAAAAUCCAAUCUCAAGGAUGUUUCUUCCUGGACCAAAGCUGUGAUGGGUGAAGAAAAAUGAUAGAAUGAAAAGCUCUUGUCUUAUGUAUUUGCCAGAGAUGUGUGUUACAUGCGCCUACAUCAUCAUUAAGAUAUUUGAAAAGCAGCGUGAACUACAAGAAGUGUGAGCGUGGAUGCUCAAACAGACCUAGGUCAUAAGACUCUCAGUCCAGAGAGGGCCCUGCCCCACACCCAGAAGGAAGGAAUGCUGCCCAGAGAUGACCAGAGGAAUCUAGACAGAGCAUAACCUUCAGUGGCAGGACAAAUCAGGCCAGCACGCAGUCUGCCAAGUCCUGCUCGCUCCCUGUCAGGAAAAACAGCUGGAUCCAUUUCUAAUCAACACUUCCCUACACAACACUUCUGAGUCUCUGAAGGAGACCGGAGCUUGAAACCUUCCAGACUUCCAACAGACAUCGAGUGCAAAAGGAUAUUUAGAUUGUCUUUGCACAAAUCUGGUUGAUUUGAGAGACAAAGGGGGGAGAAAACGAGUGUGACUUUCACCUAAGAAGUCACAUGAACAUAUUUCACAUUUGAACCUACCUAAUGAAUGAUGGUUAUUGAAAUAGCCCAAACCUCUACCACAGAGCGAGGGAUAUAGCUCAAGAGGCAACCAGGCAGACGCAGAACCAAGGAAUGGAUGACUACAAGUAUCGGGACAAUUAUGGGGGCUAUGCUCCCAGUGAUGGCUAUUACCGUGGCAAUGAGUCCAACCCAGAAGAAGAUGCACAGAGUGAUGUCACCGAAGGCCAUGAUGAGGAAGACGAGAUCUAUGAGGGCGAGUACCAGGGUAUCCCUCACCCAGAUGAUGUCAAGGCCAAGCAGGCCAAGAUGGCGCCCUCCAGAAUGGACAGCCUUCGGGGCCAGACAGACCUGAUGGCUGAGAGGCUGGAAGAUGAGGAACAGUUGGCCCACCAGUACGAGACCAUCAUGGAUGAGUGUGGCCAUGGCCGCUUCCAGUGGAUCCUCUUUUUCGUCUUGGGUUUGGCCCUGAUGGCUGAUGGGGUGGAAGUGUUCGUGGUGAGUUUUGCCCUGCCCAGUGCAGAGAAGGACAUGUGUCUGUCCAGUUCCAAAAAAGGAAUGCUAGGGAUGAUAGUCUACUUGGGAAUGAUGGCGGGGGCCUUCAUCCUGGGAGGCCUGGCUGAUAAGCUGGGAAGGAAGCGAGUCCUCAGCAUGUCUCUGGCCGUCAAUGCCUCCUUCGCCUCCCUCUCUUCCUUCGUGCAGGGAUAUGGAGCCUUCCUCUUCUGCCGACUCAUCUCAGGCAUCGGUAUUGGGGGUGCUCUGCCGAUUGUUUUUGCCUAUUUUUCUGAAUUCUUGUCUCGGGAGAAGCGAGGGGAACACCUCAGUUGGCUGGGCAUCUUCUGGAUGACUGGGGGCCUCUACGCAUCUGCCAUGGCCUGGAGCAUCAUCCCACACUAUGGCUGGGGCUUCAGCAUGGGGACCAAUUACCACUUCCAUAGCUGGAGAGUGUUUGUCAUCGUCUGUGCUCUGCCCUGCACCGUGUCCAUGGUGGCCUUGAAGUUCAUGCCAGAGAGCCCAAGGUUUCUGCUAGAGAUGGGCAAACAUGAUGAAGCCUGGAUGAUUCUCAAGCAAGUCCAUGACACCAACAUGAGAGCUAAGGGGACCCCAGAGAAAGUGUUCACGGUUUCCAACAUCAAAACUCCCAAACAAAUGGAUGAAUUCAUUGAGAUCCAAAGUUCAACAGGAACCUGGUACCAGCGCUGGCUGGUCAGAUUCAAGACCAUUUUCAAGCAGGUCUGGGAUAAUGCCCUGUACUGUGUGAUGGGGCCCUACAGAAUGAAUACACUGAUUCUGGCCGUGGUUUGGUUUGCCAUGGCAUUAAGUUACUAUGGACUGACAGUUUGGUUUCCUGAUAUGAUUCGCUAUUUUCAAGAUGAAGAAUACAAGUCUAAAAUGAAGGUAUUUUUUGGUGAGCAUGUGUACGGCGCCACAAUCAACUUCACGAUGGAAAAUCAGAUCCACCAACAUGGGAAACUAGUGAAUGAUAAGUUCACAAGAAUGUACUUUAAACAUGUACUCUUUGAGGACACAUUCUUUGACGAGUGCUAUUUUGAAGAUGUAACAUCAACAGAUACCUACUUCAAAAAUUGUACCAUUGAAUCAACCAUCUUUUACAACACAGACCUCUAUGAGCAUAAGUUCAUCAACUGUCGGUUUAUCAACUCCACCUUCCUGGAGCAGAAGGAGGGCUGCCACAUGGACUUGGAGCAAGAUAAUGACUUCCUGAUUUACCUCGUCAGCUUCCUGGGCAGCCUGUCUGUCUUACCUGGGAACAUCAUUUCUGCCCUGCUCAUGGAUAGAAUCGGAAGGCUCAAGAUGAUUGGUGGCUCCAUGCUAAUCUCUGCAGUCUGCUGCUUCUUCCUGUUUUUUGGCAACAGCGAGUCUGCGAUGAUUGGCUGGCAGUGCCUGUUCUGUGGGACAAGCAUUGCAGCCUGGAAUGCUCUGGAUGUGAUCACAGUGGAGCUGUAUCCCACCAACCAGAGAGCAACAGCCUUUGGCAUUCUCAAUGGAUUAUGCAAAUUUGGCGCCAUCCUGGGAAACACCAUCUUUGCUUCUUUUGUUGGGAUAACCAAAGUGGUCCCCAUCCUUCUGGCUGCUGCUUCUCUGGUUGGGGGUGGCCUGAUUGCCCUUCGACUGCCGGAAACUCGAGAACAGGUCCUGAUGUGAACAACCUAUGGGAAAAGGAAAGGUCGAGAGAAUCUUGUCCAGGACACUAAAAUGCAUCCACACUUCCUGCCUAUCACAGUCUGGAGGACACCUUGAAUAGCACGGGAGGAGAAGUUGACUUUGUGACCCCUAGUUUAGGACCCACUUCAGCUGUCAAUAUGUUUGUAACUCAGGUGACUGAUUUGGGGGUGCCCUGAGCCACCCUUAGAAUCACAGAGCUGCGUGUUUAACUUCAGGUCUUCCCAGUCCAAGGCAGGGAGAGGAUUCUCCAGUGAGUGCACACGCUAUGCGAGGAGUAAGCAUUUCUCUAAGUCAAGUGCAAGGACUUACUUGCAUUUCAAAAGGAAUUAGAGGGUAAGAAACACCCAAGCUCCUCCAGAAAGCUGCUUGGAGCCCAACAACUUAACAAGUCAACUUGGCUGGAAGUUAGAGUCAUUAUAUGAAGAUUGGGCUUGAAGUACAGGAUACAUAUAUUUUUGCAUUUAAAAGUAUCACCUAUCAUAUUUUCCACUCGAAAAUUGACAUAGUAGCAUUGAGGAUACUCUCAUCUAGAAAGCCAAAUAUUUGAGCAACAUCUGUAGAGAUCUACUUUUCUCCUAUGUCUCCUAGGCUUUCCAUGGUAAUUAGGUGAUACAUUUAAGAAGGAUAUUUAUUUCUGUUUUGCUCUAUUCAAAGAAACGGAAUGGGAUAGUUAUUCUGUAAACUAAGUUUGUAUAUAACUUUAUUUGGGUUUAAUUUCCACAACUGGUAUCUGCAAAUAUUACCAGCAUUUUAGCCAUAUUUUGGGAGAACUUGGUGUUUGAGGUCCCAGGAAAUGAGGUCUGAUCAAAUGAAAUGCAAGCACAAUUUCUUACAGCCAUUUAACUUUCUGUUAGCACAAUUUCUUACAGCCAUUUAACUUUCUGUUGGGAGGAUGCACUUAACAAACUCACACUGUGCAGUCCACUUAAUCCAGGCACUUUUCUUUGUGCAGGUGUAGUGAGUAGUUACUUCUCUCUCUUACACAGAUGACUUGUGAAACUCAAGCUCGCCAUCUUCAGUGCUGGCAUUUUACUUUGCCACUACCCAAAAACAACGUGAGAUGUGUUCGGUGGCUUCUGGUACUCUUUGUAGGCAAGAAUCAAACAACAUGGGGACUGAGGGAGGGAUGGGGAAGUGUAGCCACAGUUCUUCCAAAUGUAAAUACUUUUUGUUUGUUCUAGUGGUAAAAUGCAAAUGCAAUCCAUAUUUGUUAGGAUGGUCAGGUCUCAUGAGAAAUCUAUGCUAUGUGUCCAGGGCUUUUGAAACAGAGUCCGUUGGAGUGGGAGUUAGGGAGUGUAGUGGAUGCCAAAUAUGUUUUUCUUCAGUGCUUACGAGAACUGUUUCCUGAAGUCCAGCUUUGAACAUAAACAGGGGUGUGGGUUGGGGGAGGAGCCUAAGACAAACCUCUCUGACGAAGGUCAGCAAUAGACUGAAGUCUUGACUGCGUGGAAGAGGAACAACAUCAGAACUGUCUGACAAUGGAGGGGACAGUGAGCUAUGCACAACCACCAGCGGAGGUGAACUUGAACCUGCCCAGGCCGGAUGAACAUCAGCCUGCAAGAACUAGUUCUUUGAGUUGAUUUGCAGUGCUCUCAAUGGGCAGGUGCCAUAUUUUCCCUGGCAGAG